UUUGAAUAUUUUUAACAAUCAAAAAAAAACUUUGUUUUUGUGGUUUUUGCAAUUUUCCAUUUUUUCACAAUUUUUCACAGUGAUACUCAUCCAAAUGAUUCGAAAGAUUUUUACCAAAACAAAAAUGUUAAAAUCAAUAUUUUUUUCAUUGUUAUUUCUGAUGAUUAUUUGUUGUCGACAAUCAUGUUUAGCUCGUUCAGAUGAAUGUACCGAUUGGUAUGAAAUAUGUAGCCAAUUUCAAUUGGGUAUAAGUCCAUCCAAAUAUUGUAUUGGAAAAACAUUAUAUUUUUUUCCAAAUUUUAUGACCGAUUGGGAAUCGGCACGUUCAUAUUGUUCCGGAAUAUUCUAUGGUUAUCAACGUGGUGAUUUAUUUUAUUUUGAUGAAAAAUCUGAUGAUUUGGAUUCAGAUUUACGAAUAUUAUUAGAAAAUUAUCAACCAGAAAAUCAGGAAUUUCCAACCAAUGCUUUAUGUUGUCCAACAAUUCCGGAUAUUUCUCAUAUUUCUAAAUAUUCAUCAACACCAACAUCAUUAACAUAUGAUAUUCAAUGUAAAUGGUUACAUAAUGGUGAAUUGAUUGAUGAAGAAUAUUAUCAAAACAUUCGAUUUGAUCCAAUGGAUCAAUGUCAUUUUUUAAUGAUUAAUCUUGACAGUAAAACUGGUGCAAAAUUUUCAAGAUCAGUCGAUGUUUCAUAUGCAGGUGUUACACAAUUUAUGUGUACAUAUCGAAGACCACCGAAAUGCGAUGAUCAUAAAACAACAUCGACAACAAAUAUAGUUCCGACGAAAAUCACUCCAGAACCAACAACAACACCAUCGACAACAACAUCGACAACAACAUUAGGACCAAUUUAUUGUCAUGAAUUAAUUGAUCAAUAUGGUUUUCAUUGGCCAUCAACAAAUAUUAAUCAAACAGCCCGUUUACCUUGUCCAACGAAUUUUAUAGGUACAGCUGAAUGGUUAUGUGGUUCGAAUGGUCAGUUUGUUUCGAAUGGACCAUCGAUUCAUUGUUAUGCUGAAUGGAUUGAUGAAUCGGAAAAAAAUUUAGAAAAAAUUAAAAAUAUGAAACAACUAUCGAAAGAAGUACGACAUUUUCAAUCAAAUAUUGUUGAAAAACCAUCAAAAUUUUUUAAAGAUUUCAAACAAAUUAUUAAUGUUAUACAAAAAAUUGAAUUUAUUUAUGAAUCAUUUGUAUCGAAUGAGAAUAUUGAAUCAUCUAUACAUGAUGUUCGUAAUAUAACCGAAUCAAUGGUUGAAAGUUGUGCAAUAAUUAUUGAACGAGAAUCGAUUUGGCAACAAAGUCAACGACAUGAUCGUAUAAUGGUUGCAGGGAAAAUAUUGAAUUAUAUUCAUGAUAGUGGCCUAACAAUGGGUUGUUAUCAGAUUAAAAACGAAUCUGAUUCAGAUUCUGGACAUCAAAAAAUUGAACCAAUAAAAUCCGAAAUCAAUCCGAAUAUCUUUAUGGAUGCAUUCAAUAUGGAUCAUGAACAACCAAUCCAAUUUGAUCAUUUGAAUUAUGAAUUUUCAUUAAGAAAACCAAUCAAAUCUUCAAAUACUGAUAAUGUCUCGGAUUGGUGUCCACAUCGUUUAGCAAUUGGUGCAUUAUUUCAAAAAUUAUCUCGUUAUAUGUUUGAUGAACAUUUGCAACCAGAAACAAAAAUGAAUUCAGAAAUUAUAUCAUUUAGUUAUAAUAAUUUUAGUAGAAAAACCUAUCCAUUAACGGAUGGUAAUGAAGCACGAAUGAAAUUAAUACAUCAUCAACAAAUGGAAUUUGGUAUGAAAACAAAAUGUGUAUAUUGGAAUUUUCAAACAAAUCUUUGGUCAUCAAAUGGAUGUUAUGUUAUUGAACAGGAAUCUGAUCGUCAUCAUACAACAUGUGCUUGUGAUCACUUGACAAAUUUUGCCGUAAUAAUGGAUAUUAGUGGACAAGAACGACCAUCAAAAUUGAAAUCAAUUCUAACGAUAAUAAUGUGUACAUUAUCGAUUAUCUGUUUGGUGAUGACGGUUAUAUUCUUAUUGAUUUGUCAUGAAUUAAAAUCACGUCGUAAUUCAAUUAUAAUUAAUAUUUCAAUAAUGAUGAUUAUUAUUGAUCUGUUGGUUAUAUUUGGUUUAGAUCGUACUGAAUAUCCGAUAUUAUGUAAAUCAAUAUCCAUAUCAUUAUUAUAUACAAUGUUAUCAUUAUUUUUUUGGAUGUUAAUGGAAGGUUAUAAUCUUUAUCAAAUGAUGAUAUUUAUUUUCAAUACAAAAGGUCAUUUACGUAUGUUAUAUUUAUAUUUAAUUGGUUAUGGGUUACCAUUAUUAAUAACAAUACCGGCAACAAUUUAUAUGCAAUUAAAAACUGAAUUAAGCAAUGAAUAUUUCUGUUGGAUAACAUCGACAAAAUAUCCCGGACAAAUAUGGUUUCUAGCAGGUCCGGUUACCAUAAUCAUCAUUAUCAAUACAUUCAUUAUGAUAAGGGUGAUGAAAAUUGUUUUAUCAAAAAAUGCCCGAAAUUCAUUUGUACAUCAAUCAUCGUUUAAUAAUAAUCCUUCAACAUCUACAUCAACUAAAAAUGGUGGUAGAAACAAAUCAUUAUCAACAACAACAAAUGGUCAUUUUGGUAAAAAUAUUUCACAAAAUCAACAUACGAUCGGAGCUAAACAACGAAAACAAUCAGAUAGGAUUAAUGGAAAAGUGGAUAAUCCUUCAUCAUCAUCAUCAACUGAUGUUAUUAGUUUUGAACAAAGAAAAACUGAAUGGUUUACAUAUUUAAAAGGAUUUUUUGGGUUAAUUAUUUUGAUGGGUAUUACAUGGAUUUCCUAUGUACUUUAUAUUCAUCAAUUUGGUCAUUUUUUUUCCUAUGUUUUUAUCGUUAUGAAUGGAUUACAGGGUGUAUUUAUUUUUAUUACACAAUUUAUAUUUAAUCGCAAAGCAAUGGAUGCUGUUAAGAAAAGAUUAUGUAAUUUUGGUGAUUUUGGUUCAUCAUUUACAUCAUCAACAACAACAUCAUAUUUAUCACAAAAACGUAUUAGUAAACAAUCAACAAAUAAUAAUAUCAAUAAUAAUAAUAACAAAAUCAAUUCACAACCAACAAAUGGUAGAAAAAAUAACGAUAAUAAUGAUGGUGAUGAUGAUGAUGAUAUUUUAUCAUCGGAUAAAUAUCCAUAUAAUGUACUUAUUGAUCGUACAACAUCGUUUGAAUAUUAACACAUUUUUCUCGCCUUUCUGUACAAAUUUUUUUUUUGUUUUGUAUUCACAUUCACAUUCCAUUCAUUCACAUAAAUCAUCAAAAAAUAAAAAAUAAAAAAUUU